GGCUGAAUAUUCUGUUCGUUAAAAUGAAAGAUCAAUAAAAAGAUUAAAUGUCAGCAUUCGAUUACCUUUAUAUAACUGAAGAGAUUUCAAAAUAUCAUAUUUAAUCAUUUCGUUAAGUUCCAAUCAUAAAACCAAAAAAAAUAUCGGAUAAUCCUUUUUAUGCUUUAACAAUGCAUAAAAGAAAAACAACUCCAAAAUUAGUUUAAACAAUGGAAUAAAAUUAAUAAGUUACUAAAGCAUUUCCAAAACGAGAAUUUAAGCAUAAAAUGAGAUCCAGAACAAUAACUGAUAACUCAAGUAUCGAAUUACCAAAAAUUAUUGAAAGAAAAUGGGAACCUAAGAAAGCACACAUGUACUAUAAUUUGAAUUUUCUGAUUUAAUAAACAAAGAGAGGUUUGAAAACAAUUCAUUAUUGAUUAUUUAACAAUAUAAUUC